GAGCAGGCUUCCCUUCAGCAUGGUUCAACAGGGAUUCUCUAUUGACCUCAUUCUAGCAAGGAGUAAAGAGGAGGCAACAGAUGGAAAGGACUCCAUGAGCUCCAGGCCCCACAUACCUUGUGCCCCACAACCACUGCCCCCAACCAAAUAUGCCAAGGAGAUGCCAAGGAAGAAGGAUGGACAAGAUGUACAAGAACAUACCACAAGCUUCCAGUGCUCCUUAGGGGAACAAGUGAUCAAUAGACCUUCUGCAAAUCCUUCCUUAGCAGCUAUGCACAGAAGCUCGGGGAGCUCGGAUGAAUUUUCUCCACCAGGCUCAGAAGACGACAGUACUGAGAGCUCAGGCAGGAGUUCACAGGAAAAUGACACUGAACAAAGGGAGAAGAGCCCCAAAUCUGAUCUCCAGCGCCGGCUGAGAACGGCAUUCACUCCCCAACAAAUAAGCAAACUGGAACAGGCAUUCAACAAGCAGAGAUAUCUGGGGGCACCUGAACGGAAGAAAUUGGCAACAUCUCUCCAGUUGUCUGAAAUACAGGUCAAAACCUGGUUCCAAAAUCGACGGAUGAAACUGAAGAGGCAGAUACAAGACCAGCAGCACAGCUUGGUUCCUCCUCCCGUCUGUUACCCCCAGACCUUCCCUUAUUACCCUGGUGGCUUUCCUGUCCCAUUAAACAGUGGAAGCUUUUAUCAGCCCCGGGCACUUCCAUUCCAGGCCCCACAGCAUUCAUAUAUUCCCCAGCCACUCCACCACCAUGUUAGAAUGAGCUCCCACCAAGAACAAUAUCCCCCACUCUUUGGGGCUCAGUAUAUGUAACUCUAGGAUAUGGAUCAGAAUUGAGUUUUUACUAUGAUAAUUAUAUUUUAUAAAUGUGUAAAUAGUUGAUAAAUAUUUAUUAUAUUAUUCCUCUUGUAAAUAUUUCAGCUGUACAGUAAAUUAAAAUUGUUUUCUGGUAA